AUGCGAAAGUCCAACAAUCUCCUUGGUCCAUCGUCGCUGGACCCUCUCAAGCAUCAGGACCCGGACGGUGACAUCAUUAAGAGGCUUGAGUACGGUCUCCUGAACUCCUCGUCCCUGGAGCUGAUUGGCAAGAUCAACCGGCUUGAGGUGACAGCAAGCAACAAGGGGGAACACGUGUACCUCCCCAGCCUAAUGGUGAGCCUGGCGCCGCCCCUCGUGGUCUUCCAGCCUCCUCACCAGUGCAUCUUCCACUCCUCCGAGCUUGUGUAUAACUUGACCAACCCUCUGAAGAGCAGUGCUGAGAGCGUGUGAAGCAGUUUGCCAACCUGGUCCUGGCCCUCAUGAUGCUGUUCGCCAGGUACAAUCACUGGAUGGUGGGCGACAAGUUUGAGAGACUCGCCCCCUCACUGCCUGAAGCAGGAAGACAGAAGCUUAAUGAAGAAGACUGGUGAGGGCCCCCGCCAUCACUGAAGAACAUGGUGCUGUCACCACUGUUAUCUGUGGAGAGCUUCACAUGGCACCCUCCAUCACUGAAGAACAUGGUGCUGUCACCACUGUUAUCUGUGGAGAGCUUCACAUGGCACCCUCCAUCACUGCCCAACAUCACUGAAGAACAUGGUGCUGUCACCACUGUUAUCUGUGGAGAGCUUCACAUGGCACCCUCCAUCACUGCCUGCCAUCACUGAAGAACAUGGUGCUGUCACCACUGUUAUCUGUGGAGAGCUUCACAUGGCACCCUCCAUCACUGCCUGCCAUCACUGAAGAACAUGGUGCUGUCACCACUGUUAUCUGUGGAGAGCUUCACA